UAUUACCCUGUUGAACAAUCCUAGUUACUUCCCCCAUUGGGCUUUCUAGUUAAAGAAUGGACCACAAAAAAGACUAUUUAAUUUACUUUUUUAUCUUAUUUCAAUUUUUUUUCUGACUUUUAAACGUAAAAGCAUAAAGAUUACUUGCGCCUUCGUGUAAGUCAAUGUCCUCCUCCCUCCGCAUUGAUCAAAUCGUCUUUUAAAUGGCACCUCCUCCUCCUCCUGAUCCGGCGAAGAUGCAACAAAUCCAACACUUCCUCACCUCCGUCCUCUCCCAACGCGGCCCCACCUCCCUCCCAUACGCCGAAACCACCAAAUGGCUAAUCCGCCAACACCUCCUCAACCUAAUCACCUCCUACUCCUCCCUCGACCCCAAAACGGCGCCGUUCACUCACAACGACGGACGCUCCGCGAUCCUCCUCCAAGCGGAAGGCACGAUCCCCAUGCCUUUCCAGGGAGUCAGUUACAACAUCCCCGUCGUCAUCUGGCUCCUCGAAUCCUACCCUAACGAUCCCCCUCGCGUCUACGUGAACCCCACGCGCGACAUGAUCAUCAAACGUCCUCACUCCAACGUCUCCCCCUCUGGCCUCGUCUCUCUCCCUUAUCUCCAGGCCUGGGUUUACCCUAGCUCUAACCUCCUCGAUCUCGCCGCUCACCUCUCCGCCGCCUUCUCCCGAGAUCCGCCGCUCUACUCUCAGCGCCGUCCUCAAUCGUCUCCUUCGAUCGGAUCUCCGUCGAUCGGAUCUGGAUUUUCGCGGCCUUCUCCGUCGCCUCCGAUCGGAUCUGGUUACUCGCCAUCUCCGUCGAUCGGAUCUGGUUACUCGCCGUCUCCUUCGCCGUCGCCUCCGAUCGGAUCUGGUUACUCGCCGUCUCCGUCGAUCGGAUCUGGUUAUUCGCAACCAUCGCCGUCUCCUCCGAUCGGAUCUGGCUACGCGCGGCCUCCUCCGUCGUCGUUUAACCACCAGCAACAGUAUCAGCAGCAUCAGCACCAGCAGACGGAGGAUGCGGCGGAGGUAUACAAGAGAAACGCGGUAAACAAACUAGUGGAGACGAUCCACGUGGAUCUCGUCAUGAUGAGAACCGCGAGAGAAGCGGAAGCGGAAGGGCUAAUCACUUUACAAGCGACUCUCAAGAGGAGGGAGGAAGAGUUAACCAGAGGUUUACAUGAAAUGGUGAGCGAGAAAGAGACUCUAGAGCAGGAGCUGCAGAUCAUCUCCAUGAACACGGACGUUCUUGAAUCUUGGGUUAGGGAGAAUCAAGGCAAAUCCGAGAAUCUGAUUGUGGAUUUGGAUGUUGUUGGAUUUGAUAGUGCGUUUGUGUGUAUGGAGACGUUGUCUAGACAGAUGUUGGAGUGUACGGCGUCGGAUUUAGCUGUUGAGGAUGCUGUUUAUGCGAUGGAUAAGUCGUUUCGUGAUGGGGUGUUGAGUUUUGAUCAGUAUUUGAGGAGUGUGAGGUUGUUGUCGAGGGAGCAGUUUUUUUACAGAGCUAUGGGGGAGAAGGUUAGAGGGAUGCAGAUGGAAGCUCAGGUUGGUUCUAUUGCAGCUAGGUUGCAGUUGUAAUAAGAACAUUGGCAAGGUUUUGAUAUUUUUGAUUACUGUUUAUAGGCAUGUAUUAGACUACAUAGUUGAAUUGAUAUCUUACUUUGGGUUACCAUUCUCUCUGUCGUUUUUUUUUUUGAAAUAAUGAAUCAAGUGGUAGUUUGGAAGUGUGUAUGUUUCUUGAGAAAAUGUUGGAGCAAGAGCGGAC